CCUCGGUAUAGAAAAAGCAGAGACCAUGACAAAAUAUGUUUAUAUUGCAUAUGUUUAUACUAAAAAUACCAAACCGGAUGUGUAUAAAAAUGUUUAAUACUGUUGUAGAAUGUCAAAAAUCAAUAAAAGAAAAACUAUCAACUAUCUAUAAAGAUAUGUAAGCCUGAAGAUAUGAAGUGCACCAACGGGAUAAAAUUAAUUAAGGAGUAUAUAAUAUAUCAAAUUGCUCUCAAUUUGUAUAUUUUAUAAGUUUAUAGACAGUAAGCAGACAACCGGAAAUAUAAGCCAUGGAAAACCGACAUAAAAAGAUAGUCACCGUGAUGUUGAUUUUGGCAUGGGUUUCGAUGGGUCUUUAUAUGGAAAUUGGUGGACCGACAAUGCUGGAUCUUCGAAUUCAUUUCAACUCAAAUUCUGAAGAGAUAGCACGAUCGGUUUCUGCACAGGGCAUAGGCAUUUUCGUUGGUGCUCUCAUUGGUGGAAUAUUUGUGGAUAUGCUUGGCACAUGGAAAAUUUUGCUAGUCACUGGUGCCCAGCUGCUUGCUACAUUUACUAUAGUGUCAAUGCCAUACGUGGGGAGCCUCUCCGUUUUAUGGUUUAUGUUCUUUUUGCUUGGAUCUACUGCUGGUAUAGUAAAUGUUUCUGGCCAAAGAAUAAUCCUGGAAAUGUGGAAGGAGAAAGCACCAUCACCUAUGCAUGCUACACACAUGGGAUUCGGUAUAGGCGCAGUAGCUGCACCGCUAAUUGCAAAUCCCUUCCUGGCCGUGUUAGAUUUCAGUCAAAAUAAUGCUACUGCUGAAGGAAACAAAGGUGUCCCGAACUCAGAGUCUUACGUCAUUGUUGAAGAGACACGUGUACAAUACGCUUAUGUUACCAUUGGCUUAGUUUCGUUGAUGUUGUCAUCGCCAUUUCUGAUUUAUCCGUUCAUAAAGUGCUGUUUUAUGAAGGACAGAGAUCAGUAUGUCUCCUUUGACACUGGGAAACCAUCUAAAAUCAGCAAAUUAAACAAGCUGAUAGACACCAUAAAUCCUGCAACAUAUGCCGGAGGUUCCUUUAAAUUUGGCGCUUUUGUGUUCAUUAUGGUAGCUCUGUAUUUCUUGAAUUUGGUCGGAGGUGAACAGCUUUUUGGAAACUUCAUCAGGACAUUUUCUGUUGAUGAGCUUCAUUUCCCCCGAAAUGAAGCCUCAUAUUUGGACACAGCAUACUGGGGAAGUUUCACUAUUGGUCGCUUCCUCGGCGCAGUGUUGUCACAUUUUGUUCAUAUUAGGACUUUAUUAUUAGCUGACGUAUCUUUGAACCUUCUUGCGGUAACCCUUCUUGAUGUAUUUUCUGCAAGAAACAAAGCGCUUCUCUGGACUUUUACUGCACUCGUUGGCUUCUUGGUAGCACCUCUCUUUCCAGCUGGAAUAUCGUAUGCAAACACACAGAUCGAAGUCGGUGGAAUGGUUCUUACUUUGAUAGUGUUUAUGGUCGGGCUUGGGCAUAUGUUAUAUAUUUGGAUUGAAGGUGCUUUGUACCAAAACUAUGGACCGAGGACAACGCUGUAUACACUGCAGGUAUCAGCAACUUCGGUGUUUGUUAUUGCAGUAAUAUUUGUGGCGUUCACAUACAAGAGAGAAGACAGAUUUAAGAGACUCGGUGACGCAGAAAUGGAAGUAACAAGAAUUGGUAGUGCAGUACCAACUGAAAUGCGGUACACCAAACUAGAUGAACAGUCUACACAAUCGGAGGAUUAUUAAUCAAAUUGCUUGUGGUUGUUACUAUUCAAUUUUAUACAUCUUUUCUUUAAUUAAUUUAUUUACUGUCUCGCUACACUGUGUUGUUUUAAAUGAAUUACCGUAUAAGUACUUUUUUUCUGCGGGAACUUUAUUUCUGCGUUUUCUGCGGGUGACCGUAAGACCGCAGAUUUAAAAUCCGCAGAAAAUUUUGCCCUAACAUGCUAUGAAACGACGACACAGGCCGCCAUUGUAAUCCGGUUAAGAAUAAGAUAAUGUCCGAUAGCGUUAUCGGCUUUUGUCCCGCAUGUAGCCUAAAGCAGAAGAAUUAAGUUGAAAAUUAAGUAGAAACUUACGGUAAUAUAAUAGAACAGUGUUAUUAUUGUUUUGCUUUUGAAUAAACCAUAAUAAAAUUA